AUGGAAUCGCAGAAUACUCAACAUGUCCAACAAGUCGAUCGUCAUUUGAAGGAUAGCGGCUUUCUCAAAAUCAGCCUCAAAUUUGACGAUGAUGAAUGCAACUACCUGCAACAGCUGAUCCUACAAUUGCAUAAGAAUCAUGCACAUGGUCUCCCAAUUACCCACAGUAGCUCCAAAGGCUGGCUGUGGGAUGUGAGACCUUUACCAGCUGCAUUAGCCAAUGCCACCACCAACCAAGCGCGCUCAGAAACGAUGAGCAAUUUCCCCUGGCACACGGACUGCAGCUAUGAGGAUUCACCCCCUCGCUAUUUUGCCCUGCAGGUGCUUCGCGAAGAUCGAUGUGGUGGCGAGUUCCGCAUUACGGUGCCACCCGAGUUCAUCAAAGAUGAAAAUAAGACCCACAUCACUGGAAACGUGGUCUGGGUGGAUAAAAACAUGGGCAAGGUCCACCUACGUCUCCGAAGUGAUACUAUUGAACCGCUGACGACGCGUGCCGAGUCAGCACUUGAGGAGCUACGGAAGGUGUUGGCUAGCACUGAGAUCAAUGCACAGGUGGUGUAUCUUACGCCUGAGAUCUCACCCCGUGGAUCGAUUGUCAUGAUAGACAAUCGACGAUGGCUCCAUGCGCGGAAUGUUGUUCGUGAUCCCAGUCGACACCUGCGUCGUGUCCGAUGGGACGUGCAGCCUUUUGGUGAAAUGUGA